AUGUAUCUGUCUGUAUAUCUUGUCAUUAAAUGUGCAAUAAGAGAAUUCAAAACAGGUGGUAGUGAGGUUAAUGAUGCUAACUAUCGUAUCAAAUUCUUUGAUUCCAGUCUGGAGCUUGUUCCGGAGAAUUUCCAGGUCUUCUUGCAAAGGGAUGUUAGUGAAGAGGUCAACUACAUCAUAGCUGACCAUGGAUUAAAGUAUGUACCUGUGAGCGCCAAGAUAAACACUGAUGCCUUCAUCACAAGCAUAGAGAGUGGUCUCCAACAACUUGCACCGAAUGGCAACGUGGACAACCACCAGAUUAUAGACACCAUCAAGAAAGCGCCCAGGCCACGCAGCAACCUCUCUGUGCAAGAAAGACAAGCAAUUGCUGAACUCGGACAAAAUAAAGCAAUCACCAUCACUGAAGCCGAUAAAGGUAAAGCAGCUGUUAUCAUGGAUACACAAGACUUCGAACAGCUCAUAAACAACAGCCUUUCUGAUACCCCAACCUAUCUCAUCAUCACAAAAGACCCCACUGCAAAACUUGAGCGGUAG